UGAAGGGUAGACCUAGCUAUAAGGUCAGGAAGCUAUUUCUAACAAACAUUUUCGCCGUGAUUUCAUUUUAAAUCAAGUCGGUGCUGGAGGGAGUUACGCGCGAGGGAACUCCCAAAUGGCUUUGCUGGAGGGACUUCUCCAGGUCCUGUACACAUAUCCUCUACUGGCUGCUGUGCUGUUGCUGGUGGCCUAUCUCCACUGCUCCGGGAUCGGCAGCUCAUCAAAUCCGGAGGGGAAGGAACCGCCGGGACCCAAAGGCCUUCCUGUUCUUGGAAACCUGCUGCAGCUUGAUUUGAAGCGACCUUAUGAAACACUCUGCGAGCUCUCCAAGAAGUAUGGAUCUGUCUUCACCAUUCACUUUGGUCCCAAGAAAGUGGUCGUCUUAGCGGGAUACAAGACAGUGAGGCAAGCGCUUGUGAACCAUGCUGAGGAGUUUGGGGACAGAGACAUCACCCCGAUAUUCCAUGAUAUAAACAAAGGCCAUGGGAUCCUGUUUGCUAAUGGCGAAAAUUGGAAGACGAUGAGACGUUUUGCCCUUUCAAACCUGCGUGACUUUGGCAUGGGCAAGAAAGGAAGUGAAGAGAAGAUCAUAACGGAGAUCAGCUUCCUAAUGGAUGUAUUUGAAAGCUUCAAAGGUGAACCAUUUGAUACGACACAGCCAGUGAGCUACGCCGUCUCCAACGUCAUCUGUGCUAUUGUGUAUGGGAGCAGAUUUGAGUAUGAUGACCCCAAGUUUAAGGCCAUGGUCCAACGAGCCAACGACAACAUUCGGCUUUCAGGUUCACCUUCGGUGCAGCUGUACAACAUGUUCCCUCGUCUGAAGCCCUGGGUGAAGAACCUGCAGCAGAUGCUGAAGAACAACGAGGUGCACGUGGAGGAGAUGAAGAGGAUCAUCAGGGGCCUCCAGGAGACCCUGAACCCUCAGGAGCCGCGCGGCUUCGUCGACUCCUUCCUUGUCCGCAAGCAGGAUGCCGAGGAGGGCGAGCAGAAGGACUCCCUGUUCCAUGAGAACAACCUGACCUGCUGCGUGACCAACCUGUUCGCAGCAGGCACCGACACCUCGGGGACCACACUGCGCUGGGGCCUGCUGCUCAUGGCCAAGUACCCACACAUUCAGGAGAGGGUCCAUGAGGAGAUCGACCGGGUGCUUGAUGGCCGACAGCCUUUGGCUGUAGACAGGAAGAGCCUUCCCUACACGGAGGCGGUGAUCCACGAGACCCAGAGGAUAGCCAACAUAGUCCCCAUGAGCCUCCCGCACACCACCAGCUGCGAUGCAUAUUUCCAGGGUUACCACAUCAAAAAGGGAACGACCGUUAUUCCUCUGCUCACAUCAGUGUUGAAGGAUGAGUCUGAAUGGGCCAAUCCCUACACGUUCCACCCAGAACACUUCCUGGAUGACCAGGGAUGCUCCGUCAAGAGAGACGCUUUUAUACCAUUUUCUGCAGGUCGCAGGGUGUGUUUAGGAGAGAGUCUGGCCAGGAUGGAAGUCUUCCUCUUCUUCGCCUCUCUCCUUCAACGCUUCCGCUUCACUGCACCCCCUGGUGUCUCGGAGGAUGAACUGGACCUCAGGCCAGCUGUGGGGCUCAUACUGUCCCCCUCCGCUCACAAGCUUUGUGCGGUACCAAGGUCUUAAGCCUUGCGUUAGGGACACAUACUGUACAUGCGAAGUCGGCCAAGUGAAGCGAACUUCACCAUUCAUUCUCACGAGGGAGGUGAAGGCAAGCAAACAGGUCCGAAGCGAAAUAUAUAUAUAUAAUAGCUGUCAGUUCAGUUGUCUUCUGAAAAGUUCCGAGUCCUGGCGCAACUAAGUUGGAAAGCCCACGCCAUAAAAGCAACCAUCGACGAAGCUGUGGAAGUAGCGAAGAUUCCCGUGAUAUUAUUUACUUUUAGUUAAAAUAGGCUUCUUGUCAUUUUGUUGCGCAUGGUAGAGAACAGCUCCUCCUCUCUCCUCUCCUUUUCCUCUCAUCUCUUCUCCUUCCUUGGUGUGUGCGUAUGUGAGGUUUUGUAGAGUUUUGCUGUGUGCUUGGUUACUGUAGGCCUAUGUUAAAGGUCUGUUAUGUGAGUGGCUUGAGUGAUGUGAUUCAGCUGUUUUCAGAGGAGUUGCAUACAAACUAAUCAAAUUGAUUAGGCCUAAGUAAUGAAAGUAAAAAAUAAAGCAGAAGUUAAAAAAUAAUGAAAAAAUAUAUAGCAUAUAAUAUGCUUAUUAUAUAGGCAUAGUAUGCAGGCCUAUAGUGUAUCUGUGUUGUAGAAAUAGUUGAACAAAAUGACCAUAAUUAAAAAAAAUAACUAGCCUAACGCAUAGUUUAUUUUGGCGAGAUUUAAAAUAUAUAUAUAUUUUUUAAAAUGGCUAGUUGAACUUCUGUUUGGCUGGUAAGAAAAAAUGUCCACUAGCCAAAUUGGCUGGUGGUAGAAAACGUUAAUUUAGAGCCCUGUGUAUGUAUGUAUGUAUAUAUAUAUAUAUAUAUUUUUAUUUUUUUUUCACUGUAAAAAAAUCAUUGCAUACAACAAUUAUUGCAUUAAACACAAGUCUGCCAGGGGUUUGACUCUUCUGCCAUUUCAUUUCAUGGAUCAAUGAAUUUGUUUUCAAAUCAAUUUAGAAUGCCAUAGAACUGGAAUAACCAAUUUUGACAACCUAUAUCAAGUAGGCAGAAAUCAGAUAUGACCAUUGCGGUGUAGUACGCUUAAAAAGGUAAUGUGGACAUCACACAAUGGAAACCAUAAGCCUCACACAUGACUGUUUACUGUUACUUUGAAUCUAUGAACGACAUUUGGUAUUCAAAUAUGUUUUUUGGAUUAUGCUUGAAAUGUCUCUUAAAAUUCUAAUGUGAUCAUAUCCUUGGUAUUUAUCAAAAAUAGUUAUGGACCAAUGUCUUUUUCAUUUAAAAUAAAUGAAUAUUUUUUUCCUGCCAGGCGUUAAGUAAAAGAGUGUAACUCCGAAGAUUUGAAAUUUCUCUCUACUCAGUGAAUUAUAUCUGAUUGAUUGUACAUCAACUGUACCACAACAUCUUCGUGAAAGACACCAGUUGAUCAAGCCUCUGAGAAUUUUCCUAUUCAUCCAAUCUCAGCUACAGUCCUGCAGGUAAAGCUUUGCGUGUCAAGACAGACUAGAUAACCAUCUGGAGUUGAUAUAUAGACAACAUGACUUGGCCACUCCCUCACUCAGGUCAUAUUUCUGAUUUUAAUGUAAUACAGAUUCCAUGCAUACCACACAUUCCUUUUGUUUCUUCUGGCAAAGUACAGUCAAUCCGGAAAGCAUUCACAGCGCUUCACUUUUGACAUUUUAUUAUCUUACAGCCUUAUUCCUAAUGCUACAAAUGAAUCUCUGUUGUCAAGACAACUUGUUUUUCACAUGGUCAUAAUGGAAUAAUUUGUGUAGGAUUUUGACAGUUUUGAAAAUGUAUAAAAAUAAAAAACAAAGAAUUCCUUUUUACAAAAGAAGCAUUGGAAAUCUGAAUUACAUCUAAAGAAGCAUGCAUGUCAACAUGCACUGUGACUACAGAAGCAGAUCAUGAUACUCUCCAUAGGAUUUCAUUCAAAACUCACACCCAUCUAUUUUAGCCAUGUGCAGACUCAAAAUGUACAAUUUCAAUGUACUGAAAGGUUGAAACACACACCGAUGACCUCCCUUUUAAUUUCGAAAUAAAAAAAGAAUGUAGUUGCUGCCAAAGGUGGUUCUACAAAGUAUUAAGCAAAGGCUGUGAAUACUUUUGUAAAUAUGAUUUCUUUGUUUUUUAUUUUUAUAAAAU